AUGUAUUUCCUGACCGGCUGGCCGCGGAGGCUGCUGUGCCCGCUGCGCAGUGAGGAGCAGCCCUUUCACCUGCAGCCCAGCCAGCACCGACUCUACUUCGCCGUGCUGGCGCACACCCAGCUCAGCGUCUGGUUCAGCCGGCCCAGUGUUCUGGUGGUGAGUUAUAUUGAAUCAGCGAAAGCAGCGGCUCAGUUUGGGUUCUAUCAGCAGGCCGAAUGGAAACCAGACGACUCUAUGAUUGCAGUGGCGGCCGCCAAUGGAUACGUCCUCCUGUUCGACAUCAUCGGAGGAGGAGACGACAAAUACCUGUAUGAGCCUGUCUAUCCAAAAGGGAGCCCGAGGGUGAAGGUGACUCCCGGCUACAAAGAGGAACAGUGCGCUCCUGCCCUCAGUCUGGAAAUGAAGAAACCAGUCGACCUCGAAGCUCCAAUUACCAGUCUGCAGUCUCUGCAGGAGGACCUCUUGGUGUGCACGGCGGAUGGUUACCUCCACAUGCUGCACUGGGAUGGCGUGAGGAACGGCCGGAGAGCCGUGAACCUCUGCACCAUCCCCUUCUCCCUCGAUCUGCAGUCGUCCCGCGGUGGUCCUUGUUUGGACCUGAAUGGAGUCUACGUCAGAGAUAUGGAGUACUGUGUGACCCUCGAUGGCUUUGCUGUCGUUUUCGACGAUGGAAGACUUGGCUUCAUCACACCUACCGCCAACAGGUUCUCUACAGAGCAUUUGCAGGGCGUCUGGGCUGCAGAUGUGACUGACGGCACAUGCGUGGCGGUCAAUAACAAAUACAGACUGAUGGCCUUCGGCUGUGCAAGUGGCUCUGUGUUGGUCUACAUGAUCGACAGCACUACAGGAUCAAUGCAGCUGUCUCACAAAUUGGAGUUAACCCCCAAACACUACCCAGAUAUCUGGAAUAAAACAGGCCCUGUGAAGAUGAUCCGGUGGUCGCCGGACUGCAGUGUUGUCAUGGUUACGUGGGAGUGUGGAGGCCUCUCUCUGUGGAGUGUGUUUGGAGCUCAUCUCAUCUGCACGCUCGGAGAGGACUUUGCGUAUCGUUCAGACGGCACUAAGAAGGAUCCGCUAAAGAUCAGCUCUAUGAGCUGGGGGGCGGAGGGCUAUCACCUGUGGGUGAUUGGCAGCACAGAGGCGGGAGAAGAUGGGUCUCCACAGUUACAGCAGGCGUCCAUCCUGCAGUUUCAGUUCAUUAAGAGCGCGCUCACAGUCAACCCCUGCAUGAGUAAUCAGGAGCAGGUGUUGCUGCAUGGAGAGGAUAGGCUGUUUCUGACCUGUGGUGAUGCUGCGCAGGCUCACAGUCCAGCGGAGCCACUCCGGGACAGCAGCCCCCUACACCGGCCACACACCACCCCCCCUCUCUCUCAGGGUCUCAGCACUUUACUGGGCCACAAGCACUGGCAUGUGGUCCAGAUUCACAGCACAUAUCUAGAGAGCAACUGGCCAAUACGCUUUGCAGCCAUCGACUCGGCAGGACAGUGUUUGGCGGUGGCAGGGAGGCGCGGUUUUGCACACUACUCCUUAUUCACCAGGAAAUGGAAACUAUUUGGGAACAUUACACAGGAGCAGAGUAUGACUGUGACGGGAGGGCUCGCCUGGUGGAAUGACUUUGUCAUUGUUGCCUGUUACAAUUUCAUUGACCAGCAAGAGGAGCUGAGGUUGUAUCACCGCUCCUGUAACCUUGACAACGCUUUUGCGAGCAUCACGAAGCUGCACGCUGAAACGCUCCUGCUGAACGUGUUCAAGAACAUGGUGAUCCUGUUCCGCACAGACUGCUCCAUCUGCCUGUACAGCAUUGAGAAGAAGCAGGACAGUCCCAAUCCCUCGGCGAGCGUGGAGCUGUUACAGGAAGUCUCCAUGUCUCGUUAUAUCCCUCACCCAGGCCUGGUCGUGUCCGUCACUCUGACCUCAGUCCGCACCGAGACGGGCAUCUCCCUCAAAGCCCCGCAGCAGGCCUGUACGGCUGAGAGCAUAUUGUUGAAUCUGGCCGGUCAGCUCAUCAUGCUGCAGAGAGACCGUUCUGGCCCACAGGUACGAGAGAAGGACACGUCAUCCAAUCAGAAAAAGCUGCUGCCAUUCUGCCCACCAGUGGUUCUGGCCCAGUGUGUGGAGAAUGUGUGGACCACGUGCCGCACCAAUCGCAAAAAGCGCCACCUAGUGGAGGCAUUGUGGCUGUCGUGUGGCGAGGCUGGGAUGAAGGUGUGGCUGCCUCUGUUCCCAAGAGACCACCGCAAGCCCCACUCAUUCCUGUCCCGCAGGAUCAUGCUCCCCUUCCUCCUCAACAUCUACCCGCUGGCCGUGCUGUUCGAGGACGCCCUUGUUCUGGGUGCCACAAACGAAACUCUGCUCUACGACAACCUCGGAGCGAACUCUUCUGCAGAGGAGCCGUUGGAGUCCCUGUUUCCGUUCUGCACAGUGGAACGCACCUCUCAGAUCUACCUCCACCACCUGCUGCGGCAGCUGCUGGUGCGUAACCUGGGUGAGCAGGCUCUGAUGCUGGCCCAGUCCUGCUCCUCGCUGCCCUACUUCUCCCACGUUCUGGAGCUGAUGGUUCACGUGGUGCUGGAGGAGGAGGCCACGUCCCGAGAGCCCAUCCCGGACCCGCUGCUGCCCACAGUGGCCAAAUUCAUCACAGAGUUCCCCCUGUUCCUGCGCACAAUUGUGCACUGUGCAAGGAAAACAGAGUUCGCCCUCUGGAACUACCUGUUUGCUGCCGUCGGCAACCCCAAAGACCUGUUCGAGGAGUGCCUGAUGGCCCAGGACCUGGACACAGCCGCGUCGUAUCUCAUCAUACUGCAGAACAUGGAGGUUCCGGCGGUGAGCCGGCAGCACGCCACCCUGCUCUUCAACACCGCUCUCGAACAGGGCAAGUGGGACCUCUGCCGUCACAUGAUCAGAUUCCUCAAGGCCAUUGGCUCAGGGGAGAGCGAGACCCCGCCCAGCACACCUACCACUCAGGAGCCGAGCUCCACGGGAGGAUUUGAGUUCUUCCGGAAUCGGAGCAUCAGUCUCUCUCAGUCUGCAGACAGCGUCUCCACGGGCAAAUUCAACCUUCAAAAAACCUUCAGCAUGCCUUCAGGACCCUCUGCUAAAGGUAAGGACAGCGAGAGCGCUGAGAACAUGUACAUUGACAUGAUGCUGUGGCGUCACGCGCGGCGGCUGCUGGAGCAGGUGCGUCUGAAGGACCUGGGCUGUUUCGCUGCUCAGCUGGGCUUCGAGCUGAUUGGCUGGCUGUGCCGAGAGCGCAUGCGCGUGGCCCGUGUCGAGGACUUUGUCACCGCACUCAAACGCCUGCACGAGGACUUUCUGUGGCCAUUUCCUGUCAUCCCUGCCGGCUCCAUCAACUCGCCGUUCAAGAACGGACGCUGCCGCACAGUGUUAAGUACUCGUCUGUUGAAGUCUCAGUCCGCUGACAGUUUGCUGAACAGUGAAAUGGACACAGCACCCCCUCAGGUCACCAGAACCAAUCACAGUUGGCUUGAUGGUCUCGGGGCGGCACCAAAGGAGAUGGACUCUGCCUCCUCCCACGGAGCGCCACAAGCCCAGGAAGCUUUCCUCUCUCCGCUCAUAAACAAAACGGAGGAGUGCAGUAUUGGUUCAGCCACAGACCUGACGGAGACCAGCUCCAUGGUGGAUGGUGAUUGGACGAUGGUGGAUGAGAACUUCUCCACCCUCAGCCUUAGCCAAUCAGAACUGGAGCACAUCUCCAUGGAGCUGGCCAAUAAGGGCCCUCACAAGUCCCAGGUGCAGCUCAGGUAUCUCCUGCAUGUGUUCAUGGAGGCGGGCUGCUUAGACUGGUGCAUUGUGAUUGGUCUGAUUCUGCGGGAUGUGAAUGUAAUUAAGCAGGUGGUCGGGUUCCUGGACAGUCCGGAGGUUCCGGCCGAAACCGUCCAGAGCAUCCGCACGGGCCUGCUGGCCAUCGACCAGUGGGCCUCCUCGGACUGUCUGGGUUAUAAGCCGUUCCUGAACCUCAUUCGUCCUCAGCUGCAGAAGCUGUGUGAUGUUUCAGUGGAGCAGGUCCAGCCUGAAGCCUUCCAGCCAUCCAGCAUGUCUAAGCUGGCCGAGCCAACGCUGCCUCGGGCCGAGCCCUGCCCCGCCCCCCUGGGCCUCCCCCUGCCCCCGGACACCUCCACUGGCUCCAGCACCCGCAGCAUGGAAGACGCCUGCGAGGACGAGCCGGAGAAGGAGGCCGUGGAGGAAGGAACGUACGACUGCACGCUGUCAUGACCUUCAACCUCCACUGAGACGGUGGGGGCUUCUUGUGGUGAUCCUAAGGCGACAGUUCGGCCAAUAAUGUCCACGUGGUCGAUCAGCCAAGACGGGCUUCUUUAGUUAGAGCUACGAGGCUAAUGUGGUUAACUGCUAGAAGAAGCUAAUUUUCUACCCGUUAGCAUCUACAAAGCACCGCCUUCAGGAUGGCUGCUGCCUCGAGCUACACUAGUCCAUUAUAGAUGAGCGUAACCAGUCUGUCUGAGAUCUAGCCAUGCAGUUAGCAUCAUGCUGAUUGGCGGCUGUAAACAUUAACCUCACAGCUCCAGCGCAAAACUAAAGAAGCUAACUUGGCCCUUGGCUUGGAGAAAAGGCGGCAGUUUAGUUUCCUUUUUUAGCAGGUCUUUGUUGCCGAACCUUCGCUUUAAGCGCUUAUAAGGGCUGACUGUGGAUAAGCGUCCUCUCCAGCAGAGGGAGAGAGAGAGCGCAGGACUGUUCUGUGAUCAGCCGAGGCUUCUCUCAUCACAGGGACUUUGAGAGGAGAGAAAUAACAGUUUUCUUUUCGUUUCUUUUCUUUAGUUUUUCCCCAAAUUAGAGUUAGUUUGAGGUGGUUUCUGUUAAGCCGCUGUAACAUUGUUUGAGUGCGUGUAGCCUUUUUACUUUCCCGUGUGCUACUCAGCACAGACGGAUAUUGUGUUCGUCUCGUUUCGGUCGAGUUUGCACCCAUCCGGACUGCAGGGUGUAUGUAAGUGUGUGUUGUGUUAUGCUACCGUCUAACACCACCAGUAUUAUCCCCUCUUAUUCAUCAUGUGGGCGCAGAAUGGAGGGAUGUGCCUUUGUUUACAUCCAGAUCGAUCUCUGUGACCGGAGGCAUGUUAAAGGCUAAAAAGGCCACGUGGAAAAAGCUAGCAUGGCUAAUAAUUACGGAAAGCUAAUAGCCGCUAGUUAGCACCACUCACUUGCGUAGCACUAACAAGCGGCUAUUCGCAUCCUUCUUGUAUUAGCAGUGUUAGCGCUGCCCCUGCUGCUCUACUCUUUGGAACUUAACAAAUGAGCUCAUCCAGAAUGCUAAUGUUGCUAAUGCUACGUGUUGAUCUCUCUGUGCUCUGCCCACAAAUGGCUACUGUGCAAGCUUAACUAAAUCUAUACGCAACCUAAGGAGACAGCUAAUAAAUUUAGGGCUCUAAUAUUUAUUUUGUAGGUUUUUUUGUGCAGUCAGGCUAACGUUAGCCUAAUGGCAGACUAACAGUUGCAUAGCAAAUUCCAGCCUGGCUAGUUUCAAAUAGCCAUAGCGACACAAAACGGAAAAUCUUGACAUUUGUGGGCGGAGCCUGGAUAUAUCACGGGCUAACUGACGUUCGUUAGCAUUGUUAGCCUCCUUGGAUUAAAUCUAGGAGGGAUGGAUUCAGUUGAACUGAGCUUCAUACCAAAUUGCCCUUUUUAGGAGGCGUCGUAUUUUACGCCGUUUUUGUAUUUAGUUUUCCGUGAUUUGCGAUCGUUUUUUCCCAGGUCUCCAUGACGACUAGAAACAUGAGCGCGAAUCGGACGUUCUGCCUACAAACAUGGUUCCGAUUCAGCCGCAUGAUCUCCCAGUACCUCACUGACCGACACUGUUAGUGCACAAAUGUCCAUCCAUCUGUUUCUCCGCGUCUCAAGCCAGAGAUCAAAGCCCAUGUUCGGUUUGUGAGGAAACGAGUGAUGAUUCUGUCUAAACAGUCUUCAUGCUCUGAUGCGCUGCCGUGGGACACGAAUGCCAUCGUUACAUUUGUGUGUUGUGGCUCCCGCAAAUAAAGCCUGCCAGGUUUGUUUAUUUCCUUGUUUGUUUUUGAUUUGUUUGGGGUUUUUUUGGCCAUUGUCCAAAACGUAUACUUCAGAGUGGUGUUUGUUUGGGGUUUUGUUGUUUUUUUGUUUGGGGGUUUUUCACCCAUUAUUGUUGAAAACUAACACUUCAGAGCUUUUGUUUGUUUCCCAUUAUUUUCCAAAACUAACACUUGAAUUUUUCAUUUGUUUGGUUUGUUUUGUUUAGGAUUUUUUUUGCCUUUUUGCCCUUUGUUGUUGUUUUUGUUUGUUUUUUGUUUUUUUUAUAUUUUUUUGCCCAUUGAUAUCGAAACACUUCAGAGUUGAACCCCACACCCUCACCCCACCCACCACAACCAUUAUUUCCAAAACUAACGUUGUUGGGUUUUUUGUUUUGUUUUUUGUUCGAUUGUGUUUUUGUUUUGUUUUUUUUCACCAGUGUUGACCAAAAGUAACUUUUAUUUUUGUUUUUUUGUUUUUUUUUCACCAACAUUGUCCAAAACUAAUAUUUAAAAUUAGUGUUUUGUUUUGUUUUGUUUUUGGGGUUUUGGUUCACCAACGUUCUCCAAAACUAACAUUUUCAAAGGUGGUUGUUUGGUUGUUUGUUGUUUGUUUGUUUGUUUGUUGUUUGUUUUUUGUUUUUUUUCGGGGUUUUUUUUCUAUUUUGCUUACUGUUUUUUGCUUACCCCCCCUUUUUUUUUCUGUCUUACCUUAAGCAUCGUAUUAUUAUAAUAGUUAUGGUGUGACGUUCGACACGCACAGAGUGAAGGCUGAACUCGGAUGUUUUUGUAUGCAACACAAAGCAUUAGUCGCGGUCGUCUCUGUAAACUCCCGUAUGAUAAUGAUCACAUAUUUAGGAGAAAAGAAUUUGCUCCACAUUUAGUGGCUUAUUUAUCACGCGACGAUGCUCCAGCUGAGCGUUUCCGAGUCUUUAUUUAUUCCCAUAAUGCUCGUGAAUGUGUGUACAUGUGUAUGGAGCCGUUAUUGAUGAUGGCAUUUUGGAUUGUGUUGUAAUUGUUGCUACAGCCUGGUCAAUAGCAUUAUUAUUAUUUUUAUUAUCAUCACUAUCUGUUUUUGCUGUUUGUCAUCGGAAUGCAUUGAUUAGUUGUAGUUAUUUAUUCGAGGGAGAAAUUUAUGCGUCCCUAAGAACUUAAUCACGUCAUUUGAAGAGUUGUAACUCGGAUCGUAUUAACUUCCCUCUGCAUUUUAUUCUCUUAUCAAGGCACAUUACUGGAUUUUGAAUCAAAGCGGUGACCAACAGGAAGGGGUGGGCACGAAUGACACGUGUAAACAGAGGCAGGAGUCUGAGGGAAAAGAUAUAAAAAGAUAUAAAAACCUGUUAAAUAUGAAAGAUAUUUUGCUCAGUCGUAUAAAAACUCCGGAUGUACUGGAAAACAAGAGUGCACAUUAUUCCAGUUGUCUCGUCCAGGCUCCGCCCACAAAUGGGCUCGGUCAUAACUGCUGUGAUGUUGGACAAACUUUCCAAAAUAUUGAUAAAACUCCCGUUUAAUCCCAUUCAGACUCAGUUUAUAUCACAAUAUCUUCAUUUAAGCCACGUUUUCACAGCCGGUUUUCUCCCCAAAUCCGAUUUCUUUGUUUAGCUGUUCACGUUAUCUUUUAAAUGUGAUGAAUCAGUCUGAACAGCUCAGCUCCCAAACCGACCCGCAUGCGCAAAAGAACAGAGCUCCACGUGGCUUGUCCAGAGGUAAACAGUCAUGACGUCCAGUGAACGGCUGUCGCUGCUGGAGCUUUCAGCAUCGUCUUCGCCAGCAUCACAGGAGCGAUUAUGAAGUUCCUGUGGUGAACAGCUGGGCUCAUCACCCACAGUGUGUUUGAGUUCACCAUAAAAAGGGCCACUUUCUGUCCUCGGCCACUCCUCUGGUUCGUGUCCUCAGAUUCUUUAAACGCUGCAGCCUCGGUCUCCACCGGCCACGCUCGGCCGCUUCGUUCAAAUCCUCUUCAAACACGAAGUGGCUACGAUGAGUCUCCACUGGACUGACAUAAAAGUUGCAUGAAUUCUGAUCUGGCUGAUCGAGUCGCGCUACCGCACAUCGGAUUUCAGUACUACAUAUGAAAGCGUCUCAAAUCAGAACUGAAAGUGUCAGAUUUAGUGCGUUUUUUGCUGUUCACACUAACACACAGACACAUCUGUGGCACAUAUGAGGAAAAAGCUCAGAUUUGGGCCACUUUUACCUGCUGUGUAAACACAGCCUAUAUGUAACCUAUACCUAGAAACUGGAACAGACUCUGUUUAUAACACAAUACCUACAUUUAGUCAUAUCCUGACUAACUGACUCUAAAUGUAGGUAUUGUGAUAUAAACCGAGUCUGUUCUACAGUUUCUCAUUAGGCUGAAUGAAUAACCGGCUCUAAAUGUAGGUAUUGUGAUAUAAACCGAGUCUGUUCUACAGUUUCUCAUUAGACUGAAUGAGUUUUUAUUAGUGUUCUGUAAAAUGUUCCCAACCUCUCAACAGUAGCUACGAUUAGAUUUGUGGGCGGAGCCUGGAUGAAACGUGCAGUGGCUCUUUUUGUUUUUUUGUUGUUUGUUUUGUUCAAAUCAGUAUUAUGGUGAUCAAUCUUUGUGCAAUCUUAAGGAACAUCUGUUUCGUUUUUUCUAUCUUUUAAUCCCAGUUCUGUUCAGACGUUCUUGUUUUUCUGCCUCUCUCUGCUCCUCAGGUAACGCUGCAAACAAAUAAUGGGAUGCUUUAUUAAAAGUUGCUUUGGGCUUCUGUAAAAUGUCAUUUGCUGACGCUGCUGUGCUGCUGUACCGUGUUCGUCUUUCUGUUUUUGCUUUAUUUCUGCUGAACAUCUUCAGGCCGUGACGGACAGACAGCAGUGCGUUUGUUUCUAUACGGCCGUUAAGGUGUUGUUGUGCUGACCAAAGAACUACCUGAGGCCCACAGUAUCUGCUCUACGUGCAAGUUUUGAGUAUGUCAAUAUGCAAAGUGCUACAAACCACAUCUUUGAGAAAUCCCCCGUUUCGGGACGCGUUCGCGAAGCUGAAGCGAUGCGACAGAUGGAGUCAGAAAAACUGUGGUGUGGAAUCUUUUUCGUUUCGUUUUUCCCCAAAAAGCGACCUUACAGAGCGGUACUCGUUUCAUUUUCCACGCAGGGGCUACGGGACGUUCCUGAACGUGGACAGAAGAAGGACUCCGAGCUUUUUCUUCCUGUGUACAGUUUAAAUAACCUCCAGCGAUGCAGGAGCACUUCCUCAGUGCGGUGUAUAGUGACAGUUUUCUUGUACGAUAACUUUUUCUACCAAGUUCUUGUUUUCUAUAUUUUCCUGUACAUAAAGAAAAAUAAAUUAUUUUUAAAAACAA